GCAUGCGUGGGAGGUAUUCAGAACCUGCUCGACUUCAACCAAAACCAAGCUAAGGAGUUGGAGACUCACUGAUCUUCCAGCCUGAGCGCCGAUGCACACGUUAAAGUGUUGUGUUGUGAUCCAAUAAGGAAGAAUGCAUAAUAAUAUUGCGGUUGUCACUCUACUCCUAUUAAGCAUCUUUUCUGAUGUCCAGCCUCAGAAGUACUCCUUUUCCGUACCGGUGGGCUCUGGAGGAGGUGAGGCGUUCGGUAUCACAGGAGAGGGUCGCAUAACAGCAGUACGAGUGUGGGAGAGAUACAACAGCUUCAUCUCUGGCUUGCAGCUCCGCUAUGGUCAUAUCUGGUCUCCUGUGGUCGGGAGUCAAUCUGGCCGAGUCAAGGAUUUUGAAUUGUAUGAUGGUGAAGCCAUCAUUCAGAUUUCUGGAAAAGUUACCUCCUUCAUCCAGUCAGUGGUGUUUGUCACUAAUCUGGGCCGGUUUCUACAAGCAGGACAGCCCCGUGGAUAUUCCUUCAACAUGUACCCCACCAGCAAGGAAGCAGAGUUAACCAUCAUUAGCGGUCAAGUCAGAAAUGCUUUCACUUCUUUUGCGGCACACUGGGCCGCUGUUCAUUGAGCCGUUUUUGUCAGAAAAACCUCAGAAAUAUUCAUAAUAACAAUAUUAAUGAUCACACAUUAAACUUCCAUGCUAGCUAAGUGACUGUAGUUCCGAUUUGGGUUGAAUUUGAGUGUGAAUUAGCGUUAUUUUUUAUCUUUAAACUCACCUGUCCAUACCGGAAACACAAUCCAUUCAUGGGCAAAACGCAGCAACAUCCGGUCAGCAGCUUGUCCGCCUAUUUAAAAAUGAGGCGAUGUGAGUCGUACUACGCAUGUGCAAACUUUGCUUCUUCUUUGAAACUGGCUUCGCAACAUCACUGAGGAAAUGAGUACCUCUGCUGGUCAUAUUAGAUACUACAAUCAGUUUAACUGCACUAUAGUGUCAUAUGACUUAUAUCGGACAUUUAAAAAUAUAAAUGUUAAUCUUAAAUUCAGGUAAAAUAAUAUAACAUUAAGGUUAGUGUGGAAUUAUUAAUAUAAUGACUGAAGAAGCUUAGUAACAUGAAUUAUAAUAUGUUCCUUGUGGUGAUCAGAUGUGGUAUUUUCUCUGCACAUACCCUAUUAAAAUUAUAUUUUUUCUGAUAAUCAUUCAUUCAAAACAGAAUAAAAAUACAUAAAAUG